AUGGGUAAAAGAUCAAGAACUCGUUACGCAUUCAGUCGUGACUACAAGAAGCAUGGUGGUCUUCCAAUGUCCACCUACUUGAAGACAUACAAGGUAGGUGACAUUGUCGACAUCAAGGUGAACGGUUCUAUCCAGAAGGGUAUGCCAUUCAAGUACUACCAUGGAAGAACUGGUAUUGUGUACAACGUUACCAAGUCUGCUGUUGGUAUUAUUAUCAACAAGGUCGUUGGUAACAGAUACCUGGAGAAGAGAAUCAACGUGAAGAUUGAGCACGUCAAGCAUUCUAAGUGCAGAGCUGAGUUCUUGGAGAGGGUCAGAGAGAACGCUGCUAAGAGAGCCGCUGCUAAGGCUGCUGGAAAGACCAUUCAGCUUAAGAGAAAGCCAGCUCCACCAAGAGCUGCUGAGGUUGUUUCAGGUGUCCCAACUACUUUGGCUCCUGUUGCUUACGAGACUUACAUUUAA